UAUGGCCCUCAUCUGAGAGUGCCAGAAAAGGGAGCUAGUGCGAGCGGGAACGUUUGCGUAGUAAUUCUCAAGCCAUAAGCGAUGCCAACAAGCUGAUGUUUUAGCUAUGGCGUCGUCCCUCGCAUGCCGGUGCCCUUGCGGGGUGAGCCUAGUGUUAUCCUCAGCAUCUGCAACGCCUUCUUUGACGACCUCUCUCCUGCCACAAUUGGGAGCCAAUUUCAGCGAGAAUGGACUGAGAUUGACGAGCAGAGCGAGAAGAGGGAACAGCUCGUCGUUGGUGGUGCGCUCUGUGGAGCUCGACCAGGAUACUUUAGUGGCAAUCAGUGUCGGCGUUACUGGUUUGGCAGUCGGUAUCGGCGUGCCGAUCUUCUAUGAGUCGCAAGUGAAAAGCUCUGAGACUCGUGAGAAUGACCAGCCUUGUUUCCCGUGCAAGGGAACCGGCUCCCAGGUCUGCCGUUUCUGUGUAGGCGCCGGUAACAUCACGGUGGAGCUCGGUGGGGGGGAGCGAGAAGUCUCGAAGUGCAUCAAUUGCGAGGGCUCUGGUGCGUUGACGUGCACUACCUGCCAGGGCAAUGGCAUUCAGCCCCGGUACCUUGACCGCCGAGAGUACAAGGACGAUGAUUAGAGUACAGUUCGUGAAACGGCGACGCUUGUAUCAUGCGUGAAAGAUUGGAACCAGUCAGCAAAGAUGUCCAAGAGGAAAUGGAUUGCUGUGAGUUGUAAUGGCUCGCACUUGUUCAGGGUAGAGUCUCCGGCGUGUGGAGUCUGAGAUCGCAGGCUCUUGACCAUACCUUUUGAUUUGUCUCGCUCCAGUUGUAAAAUUUAUGGAGCUCGCACAACCAGGAGAGAUCAGAAAUGAAAAUGAACCUUGCACUGGAAUGUUUUCCUGGUAGAAGGUGUUGCUGAGGCUCAUCCGUGUAAGAAUUGCGGCAUUCAAGCUUACACUGAAGAUUCUUUACAAUGUAGGUAGCUUGAGCUAAAGCAGUCCUUGUGCAAUCUGAAUUGUUCUUCUGGAAACUCGUACUGAAAAUGUUAUCAAUAUGUGACAACCUUCUACUAUGAACACACAAAUGUUUUCUAUGUCAA